UCUACACGAUGACUGUAAAGGAUUUGUUGAUUCUUUGAAACAUAUACGCAAAUGUAUGUCUAAGGAGAUCAAUAAAGAGGUGACCCGGAAAAGAUACAAAGCUUAUGGUAACGAGAAGCAGCUGAAAGAAUGUGUGGCCAUUCUUGAUCUGGCUCGUGCUGAUUUCCUCGCGGUAUUGGCAAAACUUCAGGGUCCUAAAAAAGUUCCUGCGGAUCAGCUGGACAAGAACGACUGUCUGCUGGUCCUCUAUUAUUUGGAGGCCGUCGUCAUCCUGAAGCACCUACAGCGCCCUGGCGUUGUAACCAACAUGACCGUUGAGGAAUGGCAGGAAAGGAGACACACUAACAACGGCUGUUCUGUGGCCAUUAAAGAACACAUAACGGCCGCAUCACAAGUGGCAGAAGUGCCUCUGAAUGCUGAACAAGAACAUUGGUUUGACAUAUACUUCAAACACAUUCGGCCACUGAUGCUCCAGGGAUCCAGAACAGGGGGCGACACGAUGGCAGAGGGCCAAUUCUUCAUCUCCAGCACGGGAAGGCCCAUCCACAACCCCUGCAAUGAUCUGGUCAGACUCCAUGGAAAGUACAAAGUCAAACCCGUGACCAGCGGUGAUGCCAGGAUGGCUUUUGAGACGGCAGCAAAGAACCUGCCGGAGACUGAUCGUAAUGCGUUAGCUCGGUUGUUGAGACACACCCCCGAAACAGCAGAGAGGCACUACCGCAUGAGGACUCCGGCAGACGCUCUUCUAGCGCAACGUGUCGUGGAGGACCUGGUUGCAAAAUCAAGGUAAGCCAUGUGAAAUCUAAUGUACGAUAUUAUUUUUAAUGUUGCUACUCAAAGCAGUUAUUCAUUAACACUUUCUUUAUUGU